CACUUGCAUAAUGACACUAUUAAAAACAAAUUAGCGGUUUUAUAUUAAAAAAAUAAAAAAUAUAAAUAUAUUUAUCUAACUGGUAUAUGACAUUUUUUUUGCGAUUUUACUUUACAUGACACCAGAACGACGACAUUGUGGCUGAACACAUCACUCAGUUUGAAUGAAAACAAGCCCAAAUUCAGUGCACCAUAGGUUGGUGUACUAAUAUGUACUUUGCAUUAGUGGUCUACAGCUGGUUAUGAUUCAUUCAUCAAUAGACUCAUCAAUAGAUUCAACAGGUACAGGUCAGACUUGGCAGGAUGCCAGGUUUAGUUCAGGGUUCAGAUAUAGAUGACCAUGACCAGGCCAUCACCGAAGCUCUUGAUCAGUUCUGCAGUGCCCCAGAGCAAACCUAUGAACAGUUUUUCUCCACCUUCACCUACCUGACCCCAGAGGAUGUGAGGAAUCCACGUGUGACCGCUCACAGAAGACUCGGAGACUCGUCCCACAUCAGCCAAGAAGAACAGAGAGAAGAUGAAGGGUCAGAGAUGGAAAGAGAGGAAAGCACACUGACUACUGAUCAGGAAGAGGUGGUGCUGGAUGCUGGUUGUGUUGGAGGGAUACUGGGUGGUGCUGCCAGGCCCAAUCCACACAAACCUGUGAAGUUUGAUAAUUAUUUGGGAGAUUCGGAGGAUGAAGAGGAAAUCACUGAUGCCACAGACACAUCUGUAUUACCUGGUGAAGUUGAAGAGCAUCUAGUAGAUACGUCUGCUUCAUCUCUCUGUCAUCAUACGCUGUUGGAGAUGUCCUCUACUUUCACAGACCAAAGCACAGAUAAAACACAAACUGCUGAGGAUCAGAAUGAAAGCAAUAUGGUUCUUCCUUUUCAUCUGGAUGAGAACUUCGAUUAUGACACCGUCGUGCUGACUCGCAAAUAUCAGAUCUGAGAACAAAACCACAGAGCAUCUUGAGCUAAAUUGGACAUAGUAAGACUGGCAAAAGCUUUUAACAACUCUGGUUUUACAGAGUAAAUCCUCAUUAAGAGGGUCAAAGGCGUUUUGUUUUUUGGCACUAAAAGAAGGAGAAAGACGAAAUGGUUGUUUUGAAAAUAAAUCAGGAGUUUAUCACACAUGUCAUUGUGUGAAGCACCAGUUUGAAGGAUCUUCAGCACAAUCACUCAACUAAGUCUUCAGAGGCUUUUUACUUCAUUAAAACUAAUCUGAAUACAUCUGAUUCACUUUUGUGAAUUUCAAAACGAACCAUUACAUGACCAGUACUAAGCUAAAUAGACUUAAUUUUAACUAUCAGGAACUGAUUGCACAGUGAAGAAUUACUCCAUAAAGUCUCUAUUAAAGUGAACUCCCAAAAGUGAACAUUUUGUCUUCAUUUACUCAUCCUCGAGUUGUUCCAAACCUGUAUACAUUUCUUUGUUCUGCUCAACACAAAGAUGUUUUGAAAAAUGUUUGAAACAAAAAAUAAAAAUCUGGGGAACCAAUGACUUCUGUUCACUUAUGGUUGAGUAACAAUAACCUAGCAGUCGGGUUAAAACAACCCAGCAGUUGGGUCAUUUUAACCCUGGGUUAAACCAAUCCAGCACUUUUCAGAGUGUAGUAUUUUUUCCUACUGUGUAAUUCUAUGGAGCCCCAGAUCAAGCGUCUUGUCUUGAAGGGAACACAGUAUUACCUAAGUUUGCUAUAUACCUCGUUUACUUUGCUUUGCUGUUGACUAUACUACUAUCUGUUGUGUGUUAAGAAAACUUGCUUGCUUAUUUAGUUAAAAUACUCGUUUGAUUUACUAUUAAGUGGUAUAGUUUGUGUUACUGUUUGUGUUUGUUAGCUCGUGUUAGCAUGUUCUGUUUUCCUCUGUUAACAAGUGCUUUGUUUGUUUACUCAUGUGCUUUAGCUAAAGUUUGUUUAUAAUGCACUAUAUUCGUUUUUUUUAUAUCACUUAAAGCGUGUAGUGACUAGAUCGCAGUUUCAAUACGUGUACCAGUGAUGUCAUUAAGGCCUUUGUUUUGCUAAUUGCUAAGCCGUGUCCAGCUGUUUAAAAUUAGCUGAGGUUUACGAUCUUUUUUAAACUGUGCAGCGCUGGAACGUCAGCAGUAGCGACACCCCUCGUGUGCAGCGACUCUACCAUUUGAGAGACUCAUCAAGACUCUAGACAAAUGAGUGUAAAAAUCCUCCCUUCGCGACUCGAGACCUGCGAGUGCAAAGACCCGCGACUCUACCUGCGCGACUCGAGACCUACGAGGGCAAAGACCCGUGACUCUACAUUUGCGACUCGAGACCUAAGAGUGCAAAGACCUGCCACUCUACCUGCGCGACUCGAGAGCUACGAGUGUAAAGACACGCGGCUCUACAUUCGCGACUCAAGACCUACGAGUAUGAAGACUCGCGACUCUACCUGCGCGACUCGAGAACUAUGAGUGUGAGACCUACGAGGGCAAAGACCCGUGACUCUACAAUCACGACUCGAGAGCUACGAGUGCAAAGACCCGCGACCCUACCUGCGCAACUCAAGAGUUACGAGUUUAAAGACCUGCAACUCUAAAUUCGCAAUUCGAGACCUAAGAGUACAAAGACCCGCGACUCUACCUGCGCAACUUUAGAGCUACGAGUGUAAAGACCCGCGACUCUACAUUCGCGACUCGAGACCUACGAGUGCCAAGACCCGCGACUCUACCUGCGCAACUCGAGAGCUACGAGUGUAAAGACACGUGACUCUACAUUCGCGACUCAAGACCUAUGAGUAUGAAGACUCGCGACUCUACCUGCGCGACUCGAGACCUAUGAGUGUGAGACCUACGAGGGCAAAGACCCGUGACUCUACAUUCACGACUCGAGACCUACGAGUGCAAAGACCCGCCACCCUACCUGCGCGACUCAAGAGUUACGAGUUUAAAGACCCGCGACUCUACCUGCGCGACUCAAGACCUAUGAGUGUGAGACCUACGAGGGCAAAGAACCGUGACUCUACAUUCACGACUCGAGACCUAUGAGUGCAAAGACCCGCAACUCUACCUGCGCGACUCGAGAGCUACUAGUGUAAAGACCCGCGACUCUACAUUCACGACUCGAGACCUACGAGUGCAAAGACCUGCGACUCUACCUGCGCGACUCGAGAGUUACGAGUUUAAAGACCCGCAACUCUAAAUUCGCAAUUCGAGACCUAAGAGUACAAAGACCCGCGACUCUACCUGCGCAACUUUAGAGCUACGAGUGUAGAGACCCGCGACUCUACAUUCGCGACUCAAAACCUACGAGUGCCAAGACCCCCGACUCUACCUGCGCAACUCGAGAGCUACGGGUGUAAAGACCCGCGACUCUACCUGUGUGACUCGAGACCUAUGAGAGUACAGACCUGUGACUUAACCUGUGUGUGACUCAAGACCUACAAGUGUUAAGACCUGCAAAUCUACCUGUGCGACUCAAGACCUAUGAGUGUAAAGACCUGCGACUCUACCUGCGCGACUCGACCGAGCAAGGACACUGGCAAAGCACUCAAGUAUUGUUUACUUUAUUUCUUUCUAAUUCUAUUUAUGUUUCCUACUUUCGACUAACAAUGUGUUUCCAGUACAUUCCUGUCAUUGACAACAGACACUAACGCAUCUUGGAUGCAGGACACUCACUCAAUCGUGCAAACAAUCCACAACUCACCUUCAACAAAUCCAGAGGUGUAAAGUACUUGAGUAAUUUUACUUGAUUACUGUACUUAAGUAUUAUUUUGGGGGAUUUUUACUUUACUUGAGUACAAUUAAAAAUCAGUACUUUUACUUUUACUUAAUUAAAUUUUUUAAAGAAAAAAAGUACUUUUUACUCCUUACAAUUUUAUUUAAAGUCAAAAAGUACUUCUAUUUUAGAGAUCUAUUUUUGCUUGCUCUGUCAAACCAAUUGAAUUGGGCUGAUGGUCAGUUUAAUUGAAAUGUUAUUUAUUCUGGAGCCUUUGGACCACCUUAAGGAAUUCGCCAACAGUUCGUCUAAUGAUGAAAUUUUUUUGCUUUUUUAAAAACCGACAACACAUGAAGUGUGACACUUUUCCUGCUGUUUGCAGCCUCUCUAUCAAGACUAAUACCUUGUUCACACUAUCAGUCCAAAUUUUGGUGCAUAUCUAAUUUGACUGACUCACUGUCCACAUUGUGUAUCACAACUGUUCAGAUCCGAUCUGUGCAUCCUGUAGCCGUUUUCCGGAUUAUCUGCACUGUUUUUAUGGCAAUGACGUCGCGCUGGCAUGACAAUCUGCCUCGACAUCUGACGUGUUUUAUGUGACGUGACAGCAGGACGUAACCGAAAAGCUACACAAAUGCGAUCAGGACGGUAAGACUGAAAUGGAUUUCAAAACACCUCUGGAUGUAGCCUGAAACAGAUUAGAAAAACAGAUUUCAUGUGGUUUUUAGCCGUUUACCGUUCUAAAUGUGAUUGGAUUCCUAUCGGAUAUGCACCAAAAUCGGAUUUGGACUUACAGUGUGAACAGGGUCUAAUAUACCUCUUCCUGCAUCGGCUUCCUGUGAGAGGCUAGGUUAGAGCUUGAAAUUUAAGUUAAGUUUGAGGUUUUACAAUUUUGAGUAGCAUGUUGCAUACUAAAACUCAUUGUCAUUGUCACGGAUCUCCGCAUUUUUCUUUGUUGGUACCACAGACUUUCUUUUCCGUGUCAGUUUCACGUAUUGGUUACUCAGUAGAUUUUCCUAUUUUCUUACCAUUUUCGCGUGGGUUUGGGGUUAGAAUGACUUUCUGUAACAUAAAAUGACAUCCAAAUUUUUUGUUUAAAAAUAUGGAAAAAAAUGUAUAAACCAAUAGUUAAAGUGACAUCCUAACCCAAAGCCCGAAUCUAACCCCAAACCCACGCGAAAAUGGUUUAAAAAUAGGAAAAACAAUUGAGUAAUCAAUACGUGAAACUGACCAGUGUGAAACCCCUGUUUGCAGUUUUUGGAUCAAAGUAAAUGAGACUUUAGAAUGUGGUUGUUUGUUGGUGUCUGUUGGAGUUGGUAGUUGUCUGACCAGUGUGAUCUGUCCUUUAAAGAAAGUCCGUGGUACAGACACGAAAAAUGCGGAGAUCCGUGACAAUGACACGGAUAAAUGAGCAAAAAAUUCUGUGACUAUACCACUGAACUUUGUGAGAUCAUGUUGGAAAUUAUGUAGUAGUCUCAUAGUUUGAUAAUGAAAUACAAUUAAAUACAAACAGUUGUAAAGGAUAAAACCUUGUAUGUGGUUCAUUCACUUCAUGUUUUUAGAAAAAGCUUAAACAUGAAUCUCUCGUUUUCCUUUUUCCGGUUACUUUUUUAAUACUCAAGUACAAUUUUAAUGUGGUACUUUUUUUACUUUUACUCAAGUAUAAUUCUGGCCAGAUACUUUUACUUUUAAUUGAGUAAAAUUUACACUCAGUACUUGUACUUUCACUUGAGUAAAAUUUUUAAGUACUUUUUACCCCUCUGAACAAAUCCGACUUCAUCCAUGCCUUUGCCACGCAGUCAGCCUUCAACAUCCUAGCUCUGGCUGAGACAUGGAUUAGUCCAGAAGACUCGGCCACACCCGCUGCCCUUUCCUCAAACUACUUUUUAAAAAUAUCUUCCUUUAUGUUGAGCAGAACAAAGAAAUGUAUACAGGUUUGCAACUUGACGGUGAGUUAAUUAAGCUAUUUUAAAAAAAAGUUAGAUCUGGGGCACCAUUGACUUCCACAGUAUAGAACAAAUUACACUAUAAAGGUCAAAGGUGUCCCAGAUCUGUUUGUUACAAACAUUUUUCAAAAUAUUUUUAUUUGUGUUAAGCAAAACAAAGGCAGGUUUAUAACAAUAAAUAUUCUACUCUCUCUCGAACUUUUAUCGACUUUUCCCUAUUCUCUGUUGAUAGCUGGGUGGAAGGUUUUCAAAUUAUACGCUUUGUUGAUACAUUGAAACAUUGCUUCAAAGUCAAAGAAAAAAUUAAGACCUUUUUUUUUACAUUUUACAUUUAAAUGACGUGCGUUUACGAAAAUAUAUUUUUUAUGUUCAUUGUAAAUAGCUCUUAUUCUGAGUUUAAUAUGCAUAAUACAAACAGAUCAAAUGAUGUGUAUUUGUCUAGCAGUUCAAAUCAAAUCUUGUUAUUAUUACUGUUAUUAUUAUUUUUCAACUAUAGCUAGUCAUUUUCUGACUCAACGGCUUAAGUAGAAGACCUGUGGUGUAACCUUUGUGCUGAACUUUUGACAAUCUUGGAAAAGCAAUUAAUUUCUCAUUGCUUCAGUUUCUUUCUGCGUAUUAUUCACGGGUACAAAACGCUCAGGGACUCUGUUCUCCGCGAGAAUCUCAUAACUUUAAUAAAAGCCCAAACAUGUUGCUCUUUGAAAAGAGUCUGUCACAGUUUUCUCAACUCAGUCAUUUAUUUUGACAUUUCAAAGAAUGUCCGAACGCACGUUUAAAGAACGUCCUGGCUGGUUUUCAGCAUGUUUCUCUCAUUUUCACCAUGCUAUUUCAAUUUCUCAUUCUUUGUACCCUGUGGCCUAGAGUUUCUCAAGCAAGAAAUAGUCUUGGUCCACACAUUACUGUUCAUUUACCUCUUCUAAAAUAUCAAAAGACAAAGUGUGCAUAUUUAAACUGUCCUUUGUCCAUGCAUUUUUAAUCUCUGCUUCUAAGUAAUUGGUGGACGGGAUAUUAAAACAAGCACAAAAAGAUUAAACCGACUGUGGAAAUAUAUACCUGACACAGAGGCUUGAAUUAUUAUCUCACGUGCUACGAAUGAGUUUGUGUUUUAUAAAAACAAGUAAAGUUCAAGCUUGUGCUAUUCUUGGCAGGUUCUCGCAGAAGUACAUAAAGUGCACCUUUUGCCAAAAAAGGACCCGAAGAUGUAUGUCUUUAUUUACUCACCUUACAAACCCUUAAGUCAUUAUUCUUUGUGUGUAAGAUAAAAGUUGAAGAUUCUUAAUGUAUCUUUUCUUGCUAUUUAUAUUAACCGCAGGUGGUCAAACUCUAAAAGCUAUAUAAUAGUAGCUAUCCCACAGCUCGAAUAUAAAUCCUUUCUUACUCUCAAAUCAAUAAUGCAAAUAUAUGCUGCAAAAAUGAUGCGAUCAAUAAAAUCAUGAUAACUUUUAAUGCUUUUAAAUAAAUAUAGCUUUGUGGAGAGCAUUGCAUUAGCAGUGCAAAAGGUCAUGGGUUCGAACCCAUAAAAAUGUAGACAUUAUAAUGCACUGCAAGUCAUUUUGCAUAAAAGCAUCUGCAAAAUGGCAUGAAUAUAAAUAUACACCCUCACAAAAAUGGUACAAAUUUUUUGGACGGUACUUUUUAAAAAAGUCCUUAUUUGCCUUUGUAUAUGAGAUAUAUAACUUUUGAGGUACCAAUCUCAAAGUACAAAACCACCUUUUUAUUUGUGUAAACUUUAUUUUAAGCAACUUGUUAUAGCAACUCAUUAGUAAGAUUUUAUUAUUAAUAAAAAUGCAAUGCAACUAUCAAAAAUUCUCAGUUAUUCUGCGUUUUUCUCAAGAAUAACAACAUAUUCGAACAACACAAGUGAAAAUAAAUAUUUAGACUUUGAUCUCAAGCAAUAUGUUAUCGUGCAAUUGUUUCAUUCACAGACACCCAAGCCGGUAGAAAACGAGUGUUUAUUGCACACUUUGUCUUAUGUACACUCUUUUAUUUGCGAAAUCUGCUCAAAGCGCUUGCUGUGACUUGGCCGUCUUGUUGCUAAGCAAUAACAGAGCAAUGAAACGAACAUUUGGUACAUUGCAGACCACUUCGAUGGCACUUUAUCUCGGCUCAAACCAUGCCUGCAGCUUUGCAUCUGUUCGAGACCCAUUUCGGUUUCGCUCAGACCUUGUAGUUCAUCUACCGAUAGCUGUUGCACAUAAGCAUUUGAAUGCCCCACCAGGUGGAUGCUCCUGUUUGCCAGGUGGGGUUCCCUUUGCGGUGCAUUUGGCAUCGUACAUCACGACCACGACUUUCAGUUAGAGACACCAGAGAGAUAGCGAGCGAGAUAAAGAGGGCAACCCCGAUCUCUCCCCCGCGUUUUGAGCCAGGUGUGUGUGUGUGAACGAGUGUGAGUGCUUUGUGGGACACCAACAGUCUAAACCAGGUGAGAUAAAGUUAAACCGAACCUUUGAGAAGGUUAUAAAGAUGCUUCUUUAAACACGUGACACAGUUACGGCCGGCUGGCAUCUUCAAAGAUUCAGAACUCGAUCAUGUUACUAAUAGCUUGUUAAUAGGCUGAUUUGAGUAUUCAUUAAUUCAAUUAAGGAUUUAUCAAGGGCAAGUUCUCCUGCGUAAUGAGAAACUGAGAACUUUUUUGGGACCGGCAACCUGGUCGGCAUUAGCUAACACUGAAUGGAGGGAAUUGGUUUUAAAAGGCAAAGUUGUAGAGCUAUAAACUAACAAUCAGAUUCAUGUACUUUAAUAUAGACGGUUUCAGCAGUAACAACAUAAACAAGCGGCUGUCGCGGUCCGCAUGUAACUUCCGGUAAACUCCGGAAAGAAUAAAUAAUAACAAAGUUCUUUAAACGUAGUUUAUUUAUAUAACAAGCAAAAAAAACAACACAUAGAUUACCUAGGAAACCAAAACAUUUGUUAUUUUCGACGAGGCAUUCGUUCAAGAGAUCAGUUUAGUAACUAGUCAGACCAUUAAAAAAACGAAACCGGAAGUAAGGUUCGGAUCCAGACGUGUAUCACGUGCGUCUGAUGAAACCGUCUAUAAACACAAUAUAUGUGAUAAGGAUUGAAUUCUCAUUCUGUUGUUUUCGAUUUAGUGAUAUCUAAUGAUAGCGUUUUAAUGUGUCAGAAUAUUCAUCAACAUCACGCUUGUGGAAAACCUAUGGAAUAUCAGGACAUUUGGAUUUCCAAUCCUAGAAAAGUUCACGUUUUUAUUAUCAAGUAAUCAGACAUGAAAAUAAAGCAUAUCUGUCCGUGCUGUCCGAUGGGAGGAAUACAAGCCUUAAUUCAGAGUACUCCCGCCUCCUUAACUGGAUGUUGACAUAUGUGAGGGAGGGCUAUACAGACCUCUUUGUGCUGAUUGGUUGGAUUACAUGACCAUCCUCGUCCCAAAUUUUAUUAAAUGAAUUAGAAAAGCUGAUAAAGAAAUAUUUAAGAGUUUAGUUCCAAAACGCAAUAAAUCCAUUUUGACUCAUUUGGGUAAAAACGUGAUUUCUAUACCAGCAAAGUGACAAGAUGAAAAAAAUUUCUUCUGUUAAACUUUCAUAUAGCAUCUUUAGGUUAUAAAAACAUAAAAAAACAAAUCCAUAAUUUGAUUUUCAAAGAUUUAUUAUAAAAACUGAUUAUUUUUUUCCACAAAAUGCAAUAAAUCCAUGACAAGUUUUUUUUCUCCAAAUGGUAUAAAUCUAUUGAAUCAAUAUGUAAAUGUGGAUUCAUCUUUGCCAUGUUAUAUUCAUUUAGUUGACUAGUGGUAUACACUGAUAAAAAAAAAAAUGUUUUGGUCAUGCUUGAUUUCUGUUGACUUAUGGAAAGUUUUCCAUAAGAUCUGCUGGGGUCAAUGUGUUAGCAUGACAGAAGCUUGAUGCUGUCGGAAGAACAAGCAAGAGCCAGCAUUUUUUUUGCCCGAAUGCCUCUCACCGUAAAUUAUUUGAUUUUGAUGGCUUACGUUUCUUCCUUGCCUCAGAAAACCACCACAAGUUUAUCAAUGCCAUCAAAAUUACUGUUUGUUUUUGUUUGUUUGUUGAUCACAAAGUAGAUGAGGAAAACUAGGAUUCCGUGUGUAUUCAAAGUGCCGCCCUUUUUGUUUACAAUACGUGGAAUGGUGCGCUGUGAUUUGUUGAGCAGAUUUAUUGCAUUCUGCAUUCGUUUUGGGAAAAAACGGGAGAAAAGAUGAAUAAUUUACUUUUAAACACUUACCUGAUACAAUACUGAUUUUGGCAGUAACUAAUAAAAAAAAUUGUCAUUUAUCGCAUUUUGGAACCAAACUCUUCAAAGAUUCACUGAAAUACCACUGCACUUUUGUAAAAGUUGCAUUGUGUGCUGUAGUUUUACUGUAUUUGGUGUAAAAUGUCUGUUUAAAUUUUUUUGUGAACUGUAGCCUAUCGAUUUUAUACAACUUGAUUGUUUUUGUUUUUGAAAUUAUAUCAAAUAAUAUGAUAAAAAGCAUGAA